AUGGCCAGUACAGUGGUAGUAGUUGGGCUGACGAUUGCUGCUGCAGGAUUUGCAGGCCGUUAUGUUUUACAAGCCAUGAAGCAUGUGGAGCCUCAAGUAAAACAAGUUUUUCAAAGUCUACCAAAAUCUGCCUUCUGCGGUGUUUAUUACAGAGGUGGAUUUGAACCCAAAAUGACAAAACAGGGAGCAGCAUUAAUACCAGGUGUAAGCCCUACUGCCAAUAAAGGAAAGAUAAGAGAUGUUCAUCGACGAAUUAUGCUCUUAAACCACCCAGGCAAAGGGGGAUCUCCUUCCAUAGCCAAAAAUCAAUGA